AUGUUUCUCUCGUGGAACCUCGCUGUCGGCAAGGAUUGUAUAUCUUUGUUGGUCAAUUACUACGUCUGUGUCGCCACCAUCGGCUGGAAGCCCCCCACCAAGACCACGACCAACACGCCUAUAACCACAAAGACGCCCUCGAAUGGAAUCUCCACGCCUUCGCCGAUUCAAGCUGGCAUGGUCAGCAACUGCAACAAGUUUCACCUCGUCAGUUCGACCACCACCUGCAUAUCCAUCCAGAACUACUACAAGAUCACUAUGGCAGACUUUGCUAAGUGGAAUCCCGCAGUCGGUUCCAAGUGCACCGCCUUGUGGACUAACUACUACGUAUGCAUUGGUGUCAUUGGCGGAACCCCUACCAACCCAGGCAACGGUGUUUCGACGCCCUCGCCAAUCCAGCCCGGCAUGGUCAGCAACUGCAAGAAGUUCCAUCUCGUUUCGAGUACGACCACGUGCGCGUCAAUCCUAAACUAUUACAAGAUCACGAUGGAACAGCUGGCCAAGUGGAACCCGGCUGUCGGUGCCAAAUGCACGGUACUGUGGGCUCAGUAUCAUGUCUGUGUUGGUGUUUAG